AUGGCCUCCUUCAAGCACUUCCCCGAAUGCCAAUCCAAGUUCGAGAUCCCCCAUCUAUCAGGUGGCAACACCUUCAUCGGCGACAUCCACUCAACGCCCGACGGCGCCGAGAAGCCCGUCACCAUGGGUCUCUUCCGAGUCAAUAAGGGCGAGCCUCUGAAAUACACGUACACAUACGACGAGACCAAGAUCAUCCUCGAGGGCACCUUUAUCCUCGAGGAUUCGACGGGCCAGAAGGUCGAGGCCAAGGCCGGCGAUGUCUUCUUUAUUCCCAACGGUACCACUGUUACCUUCACUUCGCCUGAUACUGGCCUGGCAUUCUACACUGGUGCGAGGAAGUUUGGCGCUCUUUGA